CGCCGCGGGCACGAACCCAGUCCUCGGACCCGGCGCCAUGUGGCUCUCGCUGGUAUGGCUGGUAUUGCUGGCCGUGCUGCUGCUGGCCGUCCUCCACAAAGUUCACCGGGAACUGUUCGCAAGCAGCUCCCCGAACCCCUUCUCCGAGGACGUCAAACGGCCACCCGCGCCCCUGGUGACCGACAAAGAGGCACGGAAGGCGGUUCUCAAACAAGCUUUCUCAGCUAGUCGAGUACCAGAGAAGCUGGAUGUGGUGGUGAUUGGCAGUGGCUUUGGUGGCCUGGCUGCAGCUGCGAUUCUGGCCAAAGCUGGCAAGCGAGUUCUGGUUCUGGAACAACAUUCCAAGGCAGGAGGCUGUUGUCAUACUUUUGGACAGGAUGGCCUUGAAUUUGACACAGGAAUCCACUAUGUUGGGCGCAUGCAGGAAGGCAGCUUUGGCCGUUUUAUCUUGGACCAGAUCACUGAGGGGCAGCUGGACUGGGUUGGCUUGUCCUCUCCCUUUGACAUCAUGGUACUAGAAGGACCCAAUGGCCGAAAGGAGUUCCCCAUGUAUAGUGGGGAGAAAGCCUACAUUCAGGGUCUCAAGGAGAAGUUUCCCCAGGAGGAAGCUGCCAUUGACAACUAUAUGAAGCUGGUUAAGACGGUAGCCAGAGGAGCCAUCCAUGGCAUCUUGUUGAAGAUCAUCCCGUUGCCCCUGGCUCAGUUCCUCAGCAAGUGCGGGCUGCUCACCCGUUUCUCUCCGUUCCUUCGCGCGUCCACCCAGAGCCUGGCCGAGACCCUGCGGCAGCUGCCGGCCUCCCCAGAGCUCCAGGCGGUUCUCAGCUACAUCUUCCCCACCUAUGGCGUGACCCCUGGCCACACCAGCUUUUCCAUGCAUGCUCUGCUGGUUGACCACUAUGUACAAGGAGCCUUUUAUCCCCGAGGGGGUUCCAGUGAAAUCGCCUUUCACAUCAUCCCUGUGAUUCAGCGGGCCGGAGGCGCUGUCCUGACGAGGGCCACUGUGCAGAGUGUACUGCUGGACUCAGCUGGGAAAGCAUGUGGUGUCAGUGUGAAGAAGGGUCAAGAGCUGGUGAACAUCUAUUGUCCCAUUGUGAUCUCUGACGCAGGCCUGUUCAAUACCUACGAGUACUUAUUGCCAGAGAAUGCCCGCUGUCUGCCAGGUGUGAAGAAACAGCUGGCGAUGGUGCGGCCGGGCCUGGGCAUGCUCUCUGUCUUCAUCUGCCUGCGAGGCACCAAGAAGGACUUGGGGCUGCCGUCCACCAACCACUAUGUUUAUUAUGACACAGACAUGGACCAGGCGAUGGAGCGCUACCUGUCCAUGCCCAGGGAAAAGGCGGCAGCACACAUUCCCCUCCUCUUCAUUGCUUCCCCGUCAGCCAAGGACCCAACUUGGGAGGACCGAUUCCCAGACCGGUCCACAGUGAUCGUGUUGGUGCCCACCUCCUACGAGUGGUUUGAGCAGUGGCGGGAGGAGCCACACGGAAAACGAAGCAGCGCCUAUAAGGCUCUCAAGACCUCCUUUGUUGAAGCCUCUGUGUUGGCUGUUCUGAAGCUGUUCCCACGGCUGCAGGGAAAGGUGGACAGUGUGACUGGAGGAACCCCGCUGACCAGUCAGUUCUAUCUGGCUGCUCCCCGGGGUGCCUGCUACGGGGCUGACCAUGACCUGGACCGUCUGCGUCCUCGUGUGAUGGCCUCCAUCAGGGCCCAAAGCCCCAUCCCCAACCUCUACCUGACAGGCCAGGAUAUCUUCACCUGUGGGCUGAUGGGCGCCCUGCAAGGGGCCCUGCUGUGCAGCAGCGCCGUCCUGAAGCGGAACUUGUACUUAGACCUUCAGAAGCUGGGCUCAAGGAUCCAGGCACAGAAGAAGAAGAAUUAGUUCAGUGAGGGAUGAGUCAGAGGAAUUUGGCCAUUGCUGUGGCACAGCCUCUGACUUAGCCGUCAUGUCUUUCAGCAUUGAUUUCUGCUCAUGUAAAGUACACUCAUGUUUUUGAUUUCUCAGUGGAGGUCUGACACACAAACCUAGCAUACAUCCCAGUGCUUUUAGUGAAGCUCUUCCAGCUGGGGCAGGGGGUGAUUUUUCAUACCUUUUAUAAUGUGGGCUACUGAUUUGGAUAGCAUUAAGCAGGGCGCUGUGUCCCAAGCCUAUACCUCCUAACAGAACCUGAAUCACCAAACUGAAUCUUCUUUUGGUCAGGUGGAUAGAACCCUUGCAAAGUGUUCGUCAGUGGAAGCAGGUUGAUCCAGUUGUCCCAAGGCUUCUCUCAUGCACUCACAGUGCUAUCAUGCAGUUCUCCACUGUUAAGGAAUAAGGGUGCCUAAUGAGGUUAAAGGGUGCCAGUGAGGUUUUAGUCCAAAGCUGGCAAGGUUUUUGUUGCAGCUGCAUAGGUGCAGCGGUCCCAGUGGCGCUUUCAGAGGGUGGAGACGUGCCUGUGAUGCGCUCACCGUGGUUGUGGGGGCUGGGGUCAGGACAAGACGUAUUAGUCAGCAAAGUGUGUAGAAUACCCAAUUCGUAUGCGGCCAGGCCUUAGGUUCGUCUUCCUUAUGAUGGGGUGACCCUGGUUCUCAAUGUGGCAGCACCAAGGUACCCUCUGGAGCUCGGUACCUCAGCCUCAAGGCUUAUCUUCUAAAGAUACACCGCAAAGGGUAACGUUAGCAGUCAGGGCACAGGACUGGAAAGAUGACUUCACUGGGUUGAAGCAGGCUGCAAGAGCAUCCCAGGACAAAGACACAUACAGCAGAGGGCAAGUACCAGAGGUAAAUGAAUAAUGACAAAGGGCCCAGCUACCGCCUACACUUAGAAUAUGGGCUUCCUGGUUGUAAGGAACACCGCGUGGAAAGCCACAUAAUGUCUACAAAGCCCGGGAAUGGCAUUUCCAGUUUUUUGGUACAUAUAUGGAGAUUGGAUGGGAAGGUGAAUGAAGGCUUAAGGGUAUAAAUAAAAUGACCUUUCACUUAUGUGAGGCCUUAUUUUAGUUGAUUUCAGUACAGUAUUAAUAAAUUGAAUGAUGUUAUACAGCUUUAAUGUUUGAAAUUUAUUUUGGUUUCUGUGCAACAAUACAAAAUUACAUCAAGACAGCAUUCAUAGAAACUCAGUAAAACAUUAGGUACUGAAAAAUACUUAUCAGAAGACCAAAUAAGCUUUAAAAAAAUUAGUAAAGUUACAAAAGGCUGAAAAUAUAAAACAUUGCAAAACAGUGGCAAUCUACUAAUUGGGUAAACAAGAAGGGAAACAAUGUCAACAAUCAUUUAACACCUAGACUUUUGAAUUAAAGGAAUAUCUAUCAGCAUGAGGAGGCGGCUCUAUUGGCAGCUUGAAACUACAUAGCUCAGACUCAACCCUUCACAGAGGAGUUUCUAAACUGGGAUAUUUAGGAUAAAUUCACACGUGGAAUUAGCAGAGUUGAGAGUCCGUCUUGGCUAUGGAUAUACAGUUAAGUUAAACCUGAAACUCUCCUCCCAGGAUCCUUACUUAAGCAAGGCCAUGCCAAACACAACAUUCCCAGCAAGAGUUUUCAGAAAACAGACGGCAGAACUACAAGGUCUGGUGUGUAGCACGCUCGCCUCCCUGUUCAAACU